AUGGCGUCGCCGGCGCAAGCUCAGCAGCGACCGAAGGUCCAACCUUGCCGAUACAAAACUGGAAAGACACUAGGAGCGGGCUCCUACUCGGUCGUGAAGGAAUGUGUACAUAUCGACACGGGCCAGUAUUAUGCGGCGAAGGUGAUCAACAAGCGCUUGAUGGCAGGACGUGAGCACAUGGUUCGCAACGAAAUCGCAGUGCUGAAGCGAGUGUCGAUGGGCCAUCAGAACAUCCUGACUUUGGUUGACUAUUUCGAAACCAUGAACAACUUGUACCUAGUGACCGAUCUGGCGUUGGGGGGCGAGUUAUUCGACCGCAUCUGCCGCAAAGGAAGCUAUUUCGAAACCGACGCGGCGGACCUCAUUCGCGCCAUUCUGUCCGCCGUCGCCUACCUGCAUGACCACGGCAUCGUGCACCGGGACCUCAAACCGGAGAAUCUGCUCUUUCGCACUCCGGAGGACAACGCUGACCUUUUGAUUGCGGACUUUGGCCUUUCCCGUAUCAUGGACGAGGAACAGUUUCACGUCCUGACAACGACCUGUGGUACGCCGGGGUACAUGGCCCCGGAGAUUUUCAAGAAGAGCGGCCACGGCAAGCCGGUGGAUAUUUGGGCCAUCGGAGUGAUUACAUACUUCCUGCUGUGCGGAUACACCCCUUUUGACCGCGACUCCAACCUGGAAGAGAUGCAGGCCAUCCUUGCCGCGGACUAUUCCUUCACGCCGCUCGAGUACUGGCGCGGGGUGUCGCAGAGCGCCCGCGAUUUCAUCAAGCGCUGUCUUACCGUCGAACCGGACAAGCGCAUGACCGCGCACGAAGCUCUCCAGCACGUCUGGGUCAACCCGCCGUACGACCAGUCGGCCGAUCUGACCGGCUCGGGCCAGGACCUCCUCCCCACCGUGAAGAAGAACUUCAACGCCCGCCGUACCCUCCACAAAGCUAUCGAUACCGUACGGGCCAUCAAUAAACUUCGCGAGGGCGGCGGCCUCAUGAUGGACGGGGUGAUGAGCAUCGAUCCGAAACCUGAACGAGUCAACGGGAGCGAGAUCACCGAGGAAUAUUCCCAUGAUGGCCAGAUGGAGAUCGAUAGUCGGAGCAAUGCACGGGGCCAAACGGAGGAGCAGAUUCGCGAACAGGAGCGUCGGGUCAAGCAGGUGGUCACAGGCUUGUGGAGUAGGACGGUGAAGAAGUGA